AUGGUCAUCCGAGUUUUGUUAUGUCCAAUUCCUUCACCAACCAGGUUUUGGCUCAGCUUGAGCUGUGGAACAAUUCAGACGCAUAUAGCAUUGGUGUGCAUUUCCUCCCCAAAAAG